AUGAGCACUGUAGUGAACCGCCCCCUUUGUCUAUAGGUCGUUCAGGCGGUCAGUUUGUCCGUCACAUUACCACACAUCAAAACAGUCACAAGUCUGAGCAGUGAAUUUAAGCGCAAGUCAAGGUUUUAGCCAAUCAGAAUGGUUUCAUAUAAGCUGCUGACCCCUGAAGAUGUAUAUUUCAGUGCCCCAGUUCCUGUUGUGGCUGAGGAAACAUCUGAACCAAAACCUCCAGAAGUCAAACUUUGUUGUAAAAAUAAACCCUGCUCGACGUCAACUGCAUUCAUUGUACUGGCCACCUUUUUGUUUGUUUUGUGCUGUAUCUGGCUUAUUGGCACCAUUUUCUGGCUAAAGGAUCCAGGGAAUCAGAUACCGUACAGAUCUCCCUCUCCUUCUACAUCCUUGAGUAACCAGAGUAGACCUUCUCCAGAAACAUGCAGCAGUAUAGAGGUGUCUCACCGCUUUGACUGCUACCCAGAGAGGCAAGUGGUAGUGACCCAGGACCUCUGUCAAGCCAGAGGAUGCUGCUUCAUUCAGAUGCCACCAACUGAAAAAGGAGUGCCAUGGUGUUUCUACCCUCCUGACUUUCCAAGUUAUGCUUUAGAUUCUUUGGUUGACACUGACCUUGGAUUUAUGGGGAAGCUGGUACGGAAGAAUGAGACUUAUUAUCCAAAAGAUGUUAAAAACUUACAGCUUGAUAUUAUGUAUGAGACAAAUACCAGAUUGCAUGUGAAAGUAACUGACUCCAGCAGUAAACGUUUUGAAGUUCCCAUUUCUGUCCCAAAUGCUACAAAAAAGGCCAUCGGUCCAGAAUAUGUUGUGGAGUUUUCUAAGCAGCCGUUUGGAUUAAUUGUUAAACGCCUGUCAAGUGGAACUGUAUUAAUAAAUACAACCGUGGCCCCAUUAUUCUUUGCAGACCAGUUCCUCCAGAUAUCAACCAUUCUGCCAUCCCAAUAUAUUUAUGGGUUAGGAGAACACCGAGCUGGCCUUCUUCACAGUGUGCAGUGGAAUACCUUAACGUUUUGGGCAAGGGAUGUGCCUCCAACGGAGAUGACAAACCUUUACGGAGUUCAUCCAUUUUACCUGGGCAUUGAGCCAGAUGGAUCAGCCCAUGGAGUUUUUCUCUUAAACAGCAAUGCUAUGGAUGUUGUUCUUCAGCCUGCUCCUGCUAUUACCUGGCGAAUGAUAGGUGGAAUCCUAGAUUUCUAUUUCUUUCUGGGCCCUGACCCUUCUUCUGUGAUUCAGCAAUACCUUGAGGUUGUAGGUUUUCCAUCAAUGCCUCCAUUUUGGGCUUUGGGAUUUCACCUGUGUCGGUGGGGAUAUAAGACAAGUAACAAAACUUGGGAAGUAGUAAGAGCUAUGAGGAAUUAUGGCAUUCCACAGGAUGCCCAGUGGAAUGAUAUUGAUUAUAUGGAAGGCUUCCGGGAUUUCACCUUUGAUGCUAUGAAUUUUAAUACCCUUCCUGAGAUGGUGAAGGACCUGCAUAAACAUGGGCAGCAUUAUGUUAUGAUUGUGGAUCCUGCCAUCAGCAGCACUCAGCCCACUGGCUCAUACUGGCCUUAUGAUGAAGGGUUGAGAAGAGGUGUUUUUAUCAAUGAUUCUGAUGGUGAAACUCUUAUUGGAAAGGUUUGGCCUGGAUUGACUACCUACCCUGAUUUCUUAGAUGUUGCAACUCAACAAUGGUGGUAUGAAAAUCUACAGAUGUUUUAUGCCAAAGUACCCUUUGAUGGCUUGUGGAUUGACAUGAAUGAACCAUCCAACUUUGCAGAUGGGUCAAUUAAAGGAUGCCCAUCUAAUGAGCUUGAAAAUCCACCCUAUACACCAGGAAUUCUUGGUGGAACUCUAAGAGGAGCUACUCUGUGUGCAUCAGCAAAACAUAAAACAGAAACACAUUACAAUGUGCAUAGUCUGUAUGGCCUGUUUGAAGCCAAAGCAACUGCCAAUGCUUUGAAGAAACUUUUGAAAAAAAGACCAUUUGUGAUUUCAAGGUCUACAUUCCCUAGUCAGGGUCUUUACUCUGGACAUUGGCUUGGGGACAACAAAAGUCAGUGGAAAGACUUAUACAUGUCUAUUUCAGGAAUUUUGAAUUUUAAUUUGCUGGGGAUUCCGCUGGUUGGUGCAGACAUCUGUGGAUUUGGCGAUAGCACAAAUGAAGAACUGUGCAUUCGCUGGAUGCAGCUUGGGGCAUUUUAUCCUUUUAGUCGCAAUCACAACACCAUUGACGUUCAGGCACAGGAUCCUACAGUAUUCAGCCCUCUAGCACGUGAGGCUAUGAAAGAUGCCCUGCUUCUUCGUUACAGUCUUUUUCCUCUGCUGUAUACUCUGUUUCACCAUGCUCAUAUUAAGGGUCACACAGUUGCCAGGCCACUCAUGUUUGAGUUUCCAUCUGAUGUGACUACAUACUCAAUUGAUCAGCAGUUCUUAUGGGGAAAGAGUCUCAUGGUGAUUCCUGUUUUGGAAGAAAAGGCCACCUCAGUGACUGCCUAUUUCCCAAAAGGAGUGUGGUAUGACUUUUACACAUGCUCCUCAAUUUCAAGUCAUGGAGAAAAGGUUAAACUGGAGGCUCCCUUAGACAAAAUAAAUAUUUAUAUACGGGAAGGAGCUAUAAUUCCCACACAGACACCCAACACUACUUUAUGGUCAAGCAGUGGUAACCCCCUUCACCUUACUGCAGCUCUUUCUGAAAAUGGAAAGGCUGAGGGUGAUUUGUUCUGGGAUGAUGGAGUCAGCCUAGACACAUAUGAAACCAGCAACUAUACGUAUAUAGUUUUUGACGUCUCUCAGAAUACUUUUACAUCUAAAGUACUCCAUGAAAACAUUGAAGCCACAUACAUUAUUGUGGAAACUGUAAAAAUCUUAGGAGUUAGACAGCAGCCAUUUAAUGUGACUGUGAAUGAUGUAGAAACUCCUUUUACCUACUUACAGAAUCAGGUCCUAACUGUGGGGAAUCUCACCCUUAAUCUUAACAAGGGAUUUACAAUCAAAUGGAUGUAAAAAGUGGAAUUUAUGCCCUGCUAUAUGCAGAAUUAGUUGGAUGCACUGGAUCUUUGCUGCUACACUUUCUUGCAAAACUGAAAUUUUGAAUGUUUUCAAUGAACAAAAUGUAUGCAGUAUGUAUUUUUUCAUGUAGUUAUUCUGCUUUAAGAACAGUGUAGUUGUAUAAUAAAUAAUGAAACUAGAAGAUUUAAAAACUGAAAUUAUGUUUUGAUGCUCUUGGCAGAAAUAUAUGUGAAUGUAAGAUUAAAUUAGCACAUGCCACUGCUUCAGUAUGUGAGAAGUAGGCUUUCUAGUUUAAAGCGAUAAGAGUGUUUCAGAUUCUCUGCCUUGAAGCAUCAAUUUACAAUACUAUUGCACCUUACAAUUUCUGUACAGUUUAUUUUUAAAUGAGGCCCUAAUGCUGUAAUUCAGGGUUAUUCGAUUAUAAUUUUGAGCCAGAUUUUCAAACCAUGAAAUACAUAUGAUAUAUAGACAUUUUCAGCAGCCAGUGAGCAGCAGGUAAUAACACAUUUUAAGACAACACAAAUGAAUGUAUUGAAAACCGAGCAAUGUUUAUUCAUUGUUUCCCUUUUAAACUUGUUCACAUCUCACACAGGCACAUCAAAAACAAUAAAAAAAGCUAUAACUGAAGAGAAUCUGAGGGAGUAGCAAUACUUUUUCCCACUUUUCAAAUAAAAAAAUAAACAUUUUGCUCAUAUCUGACCAAGGCACCUCUCAAAGUGCAUUAAAACAAAAUAGUGCAUAAUGUUAGCAAUAGCAUUUGUUUCCCUUUUGAAAUAAAAUAAAUAUUUUGGUCAUAUACGACCCAGGCACUUGACAAAGUGCAUUUAACUGAAUAAAAAAGAUCUAUCAGUGCUAUCAAAGCUAACAAGUGAUAACAGUGACUAACAUACAUGAAUACAACGUCUGCUGCACACUGAGGGAGCACGGGUUUGUUUUAAAUCACCACAUGUGUGAUAAGGCAUGGCUUUGUUACACACCCCACAUUAUGUUGAUAUUGUGACAUGUAGGGGGUGGAGCCUUGGGAGAAAGUGCUUUGUGAGGGCUCAGGGUACCUCCCUAGAGAGACAGGGCCGGUCAGGGUAAGAGGGGUGCGAAUGGUAAAAGGGCAAGAAGCGGCAGAAAUGCGGAAAGCUACCUUUUUGUUUUGUGUUGUUUUGGAGGUGUCCCCUUGAUCCAGAGUAGGACCGAUAAUUAUAAUAACAAUUCUUUACAUUUAUGUAUUGCUUUUCUGACUAAUCUGCGCCAAAGGGAACCGCGGCACACCAAAUAAAAAGCCAGUCAGCAAUUUGAAGAUUUCUCUGGAGAUGUGGCUCCUGUGUGUCUUAUUCGACAGGUCGUCACAGUAUCAUACUACCACUACUUCUAGACACACAACAACUUGCUGCAUUUUGGGUUGAAUGCUGCUAGGCUAUGCAGAGUGUUGCAUUCAUGGUCUGUACUACUGUAGGAAUUUCUGAAGGCUUACAAAAUGUGCUUUUCUCAGUUUUCUGGGCCCCAUGUGGCCCAUGAGCCACCAUUUGAAUAGGCCAGCUAGAUAGAAAUACAUGAACAACCAUUUCUAUGCUUCACAUUUAAGAUGCAAUCCUGUGCCAGUUGGCAUUGCCAACCACUUGCAUCCUGAAUUCAAAGGCCUUCUUUCUCCCAGUAUUCACGUACCUUUCCUACUACAGCCCAAAAUCUUGUCGUCAGAUUCACUACAAUGUUUUUUUGACGUUGGUAAUGCUGUAGCAUAUAGUGAUCGGUGCCCGUGAGGGAUUCAGUGCAUUGCUUCCGGUUGCACUGUAAGCUUGAGAGAUGAGUGUGAAUUCUGCAGUUUAUCAAGGAUCAGUUAAUUGAGAAAUUAAUUGAAAUCUACAAAUGUGCAGCAUCUGGGCUUUUAAAUGACUGGAAAAACUAUUUAUAUAUCGAUUCAUUAUUUUUGUACCAAAGGAUUGUUUCCAUAUUGAAACACUGAUAGGAGAUUGCUUUAACAGCAAAAAAAGUUAUUUUCGUAAUAAUAAAUAAUACAGGCUAAAUCCAAACAGACUUAAUGUAUCUAAAUGCCAUAAACAUAGAAUCACCAUAAAUCAGUUCUUUGUUUCACAAGAUUUUUAGCUUUCACGUGACAGUAGUAUUACUACUACUUAAGAAAUAUAACCCUAUAAUCAUGGCCACAUUUUUUUGUUUUGCAGUUUUUGUCUGUGAAAUAAAAUCUGUAUGAUUUGUUUUUGACACCAAACGAGUGAUGCCUUAAAAAGUGGUUUUUGCUUAUGUUCUUUGAAGUGGCUUGUGGGUGCUAAAUUUCCUCACCUUUGUGUGUGCAUUCUCGGCAAUGCAUACUGUUAGUGUCCCUUCAACAUGCAUUAAUGCCAUGUUGCUGUCACUGACCAGAAAAGACUCUGGUGUGCAUUAACGCUUUAAGACAAAUGUUAAUCAGAAAAUGGACGAAUGGUACAGAAAUGUGAUUUAGUUAUGUUUAAAUCAAUAACAUGUUCAUGUACACAAUUACUAACAGUUUAUAGUGCAAUAUACUGAGACAAAAAUAUAAAAAUGUGAAAUAACAGAUUAAUUAAAUUAAAAAAGGUGUUUUUCCCAAAAAUAAUUGUACCUCAUUUCAGGUCUUAACUGGUUGGGCUUUGUGCAUUUAGGUAAGUGGCCUUUGAUGUCUUGGAUCCUUGCUAAUCAGCAUAAUGAUUUCUGUGAAUUUAUUUUAAAUGUUAACUUUUUUUUUCCAUUUUCACUUUCUGUGAAGAAGCAAGAUGUCAAAUUCAUUUGCAUGGAAAGAUGUGUCAUAACUUGUAUAAUGGUGUUACUGCUGUAAAAUGUGCAGAAUAUGCCGGAGGCUGGACAGAAUACUUGAAACAUUACAUCUUCUUUAAGCAAAAAAAAAAAUAAAAUAAAGUGACUUUUUGCUUCAUUGUAUAUUUGUGCAAUAAAAUAUAAACAAUGGGGAAA